GCACAAUGCUGGGUAUUCAAAUGCAUUUAUCAAUGCAUAAACUGCUUCAGACAGCACUGCACGAGCUAGCGGCGCCAUCUAGCGGCUAUGUGCGGGACAACCUUAGUAUCUCAACCAAGGUUUAGUAUUUGAAAAUGUGUAAAAUUUUAUUUUAUGAUUGUUUUAUGGUUAAUGCAUGGUUGUGAGAAGGUAGUGCAGUUAUCAAAUCGCAAAAGCUGCGGUUUAAAUAUAUCCGACGUGAUACAUGUUUGUAGCGACUGUAUAGAAAUCUGUUGUCAGCAAAACACUGCUUCUUGAGGCCAAGUCACGUGGUUUCAGCAAACGAGGCUUCGUUACGUCAUACUGUUUCAAGCCUUGGUUUCGAAACAUUACAAAAUUCGCUGCUAGAUGGUGAGCUGGUGAACCAAUGAAGGAGUUUCUAAUAGUUGACUUUGGGUCAGUUUUGUUCAUUUUUAAUUAAUUUAAUCAAUUUUAAUACUUGUGCGUGUAUAAUGCAAUAAAGGAGAAUGAUACUGGUAGGGUAGGUGAUGGCUAGCUUUAAAAGCAUAAUCAAAGACUAGGAUACCCAAGACAUGUCACUCCUAUAAUUUUUAAAGGGGAAAAAUGCAACGCUCAAUCGCAGGAAGCCCCGCCUUCUGAAUGAAAGAGCCAAUCACUAAUCGGUAAAGUCAGCGCGUCACUGCAGCUGCGGUUAGAAGUCCCGGUUGCUAUAGAAACAGUCAGCGUUUUGAGACGUGCGUUUAGGACUGCGCAUGCGCACUGCCUGAUCUAGCCUGAAAAAUAAGCUUUUUAUAACGCUAUUUGAGCAAAGAAACAACAUUUAUGAUACAGUUGUCAGAUUUCUUUGGUGAUUUCAAAUAUGAAAUUUAAUAGUAAGAGAAUUUGAUGUUUCCCCAUUCAAAGAGAUAGGAGCUGCACUUGCGUGCCCGAGAGACGUUUCAAAGAUGGCCGCCGAGUGACACGACUUGUCUUAAAGAGACUUUGGCAUAAUAUCCCACCCUUCCUGCAUAAUCACUCUCCAAAGCCACGCCUUCAAGAGGCUGACCAGCGACGGCGUUGCUGUCAGAUUAUUUCAUGUUUCAUUCGCCGGUGAGAAGACAACAAUGUGUUGUUUUUGAACCAAAUCACCUACCCUGCCUUUAAAUUGUUUCUAAUUGACCGAGCGUUGCCUAAUAACACACAAAUCAAUAAAACAGAUUUUACAGAACUUUCACAUUUAACGGUAUUUAAUUAUUUGCACACUUUAAUGAAAACAUUUGCAGAUAGUUUGUAAAAAGGUGUGAAAUGCACGUUUGGCCUGCGUUUUCGUUUGCAUUUACAGCGUUUGACCAGCAGAUGCCGCCAGCCUGACGCGUUUCGAGCGCUUGGACUCAGCGAAUCAUUUUAGGGAGUCAUUGGUUCAUUUGAUUCAGAGCUUUGUAAAGCUUCAGAACUUUCGAUCCGCCCACUUAGAGACGGCUGCAGUCGAGAGAGAAGUGAAAUUAACGAAGCUUUCGCUUUUCGUAGUGGAUCACGUGAUUCAGGCGAAUGUGAUACAUUGCAUGUCAUUUAAAUUCUGUUGCGUUUACAUGAAAAUAAAAUUGGCAAGACUCAAAGUACCGGUUAUUCAUUCGGUUCUCCCCUAAGACUUUGUUAGCAUAGAGGCGCGUUUUAAUAAAAUACCUUCAUUUUAUAUAUUGGUAGUUGGCUACGCUUUGAAAAUGACAACAGAAUUAGAGAGAGUUGCGUUUAUAAAACAUUAUGAUAGAAUAAUCACACAAUAUUAUGGAUGACCUAGAUGAAUGAUCACAUGCAUGGUUUUAUUUGAACUCUGUACUGUGUCUGGUGCUGAACAUUUUCUCUGUUUUACUGAUCUGUCAGUCAGGGUUUGUUCUUGGUUUAUUUUCUAACGAUAUGUACUGUGUAGUUUAAUAAUACGCUUGUAUUCUAAAUGAAAGAGUUUUGGGAUGUUUGGUGUUAUAUGGUCAAGACUGUUCGUUCAUCUUAUUCUGCUUCAUAAGGAGGGCAAAUAUCCUAAACCUACAGGGGGAAAUGCAAAAUGUGUAUUCUCUUUCCAGAGAGCAAAAAUGAAAAAUAAACUACGUUGCACAAUAGUAGUAUUUGUUGUAUUGAACUUAAUUUUAAUUCAAAUAUGUGCUUUUUUUAGUACUUUUUUUCCCCCUAAUUUCGAGGUGAAAUAUUACCCGGAUGUUUCGUCCUUUACCCGCCAGACCUCGCAGCGCGAGCAACAGAGACCACACACCGGAGAGCAGAUGGACGGGUCAGUUGGGCCGAUGCGUGUGUUGGUGACGGGCGGCAGUGGGCUGGUGGGGCGAGCGAUAGAGCGGGUGGUGAAACAGGAGGGCGGAGAGAAAGCAGGAGAAACAUGGAUAUUCCUGUCAUCCAAAGAGACCAAUCUUGUGAGCGCUGAAGAGACGAGAGCAGCCUUCGAGAGACAUCGUCCAACACACGUCAUUCAUUUGGCCGCCAUGGUGGGAGGACUCUAUAGAAACAUGAGACAGAACCUGGACUUCUGGAGGAAUAAUGUGCACAUCAAUGAUAACGUGCUGAACAUGUCUCAGGAGUUCGGGGUGGUGAAGGUUGUUUCCUGUCUGUCUACAUGUGUUUUUCCAGAUAAAACCACCUACCCUAUAGAUGAGACCAUGAUGCACAAUGGUGCCCCUCACGAGUCUAAUAAUGGUUAUGCCUACGCCAAACGCAUGAUUGACAUCCACAACAGGGCGUUAUUUCAGCAGUACGGUUUGAAAUACACAUCCGUCAUCCCCACCAACAUGUUUGGACCCCAUGACAACUACAACAUUGAGGACGGUCACGUGAUGCCGGGAUUGAUCCACAAGACGUACCUGGCGAAGAAGGAAGGUAAACCUCUGCAGGUCUGGGGUUCAGGUCGCGCUCUGCGGCAGUUCAUCUAUUCUCUGGAUCUGGCUCGUCUGUUUCUGUGGGUUCUGAGGGAGUACAACGAGGUGGAGCCCAUCAUUCUGUCAGUCGGGGAGGAAGAUGAGUUGACUGUAAAGGACGCUGUGGAUGCUGUGGUUGAAGCGUUCGGGUUCAAAGGGGAAGUGAUUUAUGACACUAGUAAAUCAGACGGUCAGAUCAAGAAAACUGCCAGUAAUGCUAAACUACGCAAAUACCUGCCAGACUUCAAGUUCACGCCGUUCAAAAAAGCCGUCAAGGAGACGUGUGAUUGGUUUGCGGCCAAUUAUGACUCCGCCCGUAAAUGAAGAUCUUCACAUCUGAUUGGCUGUGAGGAGGUUGAACACUGUUCAAUGCUGAAAAAACAAACCAUGACUGACCAGACACUUCCAACAACGCUUGAGAAUUAUUAAGAAGACAAAAUCAUUGGACGCUGCCACUGAAGAUCAACUUUAAAGUUUUUCUUAAUGUCCAGUCACUAAUUCCAUCAUUCUGACCAUCUUAAACACCUCUGAUUGGCUAUCGCGUUCAAGAAAUCAACAGAUAUAUCUAUGACGGCGUUGGUUACAUGUUUGUGACAUAGGAAAAAGCGUUUUGAAAUCUUUGGUACACCUCAGUUUUAAGGAGAAAAUGUUUAGCAGUGGAGAUAAAUUUGCACAUGGUUUGUCUUUUAAGCAUAUUAAAAGCAUCACACAGAUGUGAAUGGUUAAAAACUAGAUUUUUGCCACAGGGGGUCUUUAAGCGUUUUAUUUGUGCUCUGUACUGUGACUGGUGAUUGUACAUUUUCUUCUGUUUUUGCUGGAGUGUCAAUCAGGGUAUUUUCUGGGUUUAUUUUCUAAUGAUGUAGCUACUGUACGUUUUUUACAAUAAACUCGUAUUUAAAAUAA